UCAGUUGAAGGUACCUACCUUACCUAUAGUUGCAUAGAGGUGUCUUGCAGGGCGAGGUGGCCUUGACAUCAGAGCCUAAUAACUAGAUCCUAUUUGUUUUCUACCUAGGCACCCUAUAAAUUCACAUAAAAUCACGAUUCCGGGCUUCUCACACAACGAACAAACCGAGCGAAGACUAACUAGCCUACUCAAAAGAUAUCUAUACUAGGUAGGUAGCCAUGCUAGCAAAGCCAAGAUACGUCCGUAUGGACAAAAACGACCUAGCUUGGGAAAGAAGCGACCAAGACGUCGAGGCGUGGGAGAGAUCGCUCAGCAAAGCGCACAUUUACCACGAAAUCGCCAACCUCAUCAAUAAAUACCGACCGGGCGAGGCUAUAGAGCUUCACGACCCGAUCAGAGGAGGGUAUAACGUAUUUUAUCGGCUGAAAUAUAAAGAUGGCUCGUCAACUGCCAUGAGAAUCCCGUGUCAAGGUAUGAAACAGACCCCCUUAUGCGCUAGAAACCUACUAAGCCAUGGUGAACAGGUAUUGUUAAAUUUCCCGAGGAGAAAAUGCGCUACGAGGUCGCCACGAUGCGAUAUGUCGCGGCAAACACGAUUAUUCCGGUGCCCAAGAUAUAUCAUUUCGGCACAGCGGCAGAAAACCCGAGUCGGUCUGGGUCCUUUCAUCAUUAUGGAAUAUAUCGAACACGAGAGGACGUUGUCCGAAGCCCUUAAAGAUCCUUCUUUAGAGCCGGACGAGUCUCACGUGCUAGAUCCAAAAAUUGACGAGGCCCGGCUUGAGUUUCUUUAUCGACAGAUGGCCAACAUCGUCCUACAGCUUUCUACUUUAUCAUUUCCUAGGAUCGGCUCUCUAGAUCAGCAGGAGAACGGUGAGAUUUCCGUCUCCGGAAGGCCUCUCAUUAAGAAUAUGAAUUCCCUGUUGGAAUUUGCGGGCGUCGCUCCAACACUACUGCCAUCCCGACCAUACGAUACCUCUGAAGAAUGGCUUUGCGCUCUAGCGGAUAUGCAUCUAGCACAGUUGACAUUUCAACAUAACGAUGCCGUUAAGGAUGAAGAUGACGCUCGAGACAAGUACGUAGCGCGCCAGCUCUUCCGGCAGCUCGCUUCGGAAGGACCACUUACAUCAGGAUUUGGUGGUGAAGAAAAUACAUAUGAAAAUUCCAAAUUCUUACUGUAUUCCGAAGACCUGCGUCCGUCAAACGUCUUGGUUGAUAAGAACGACCGCGUAGUCGGCGUGAUCGACUGGGAAUUCGCGUACGCCGCGCCGAGACAAUUCUCGUUCGAUCCCCCUUGGUGGCUUCUAUUGAAAAGUCCGGAAUAUUGGGACGGUGGAUAUAAGUUCUGGAUGAAAGUGUGCGAGCCUUGCUUCGAAACCUUUCUGCGCGUAUUGGAGGCCGAAGAAAAGAAUGCAACUGCGUCUUCGCUCUUCAAGGAUGUGCCUCUCUCCCGGAGAAAGAGAAAGAGUUGGAAGGAGAAAACGUGGAUGAUCAACUACGCGGCUAGGGAUAGCUGGGCGUUUGAUUUUAUAUUCUGGAGAUUUUUAGACGCGCAGUAUUUCGGGGAAAACGAGCGAGGAGAUCAUCAUGCGAGGCUCAACCACCUUACUGAGCAACAGAUCGAAGCCAUGGAGCCGUUUAUUAGGAAAAAGAUGGAAGAAAGUGAGAAACGCUGUCUGGUUGAAUGGGACCACGAUCGUGCGGUUGCUGAGCUAGCAAAUAUUUUGCUUUAAUUCUACACCCAUUUCACCUUAUAAAAACUCUAGGGAUAGAACUCACACAGAUUUCGAGCGAUUGGUUGAGAGUUGCGCAUACUAUGUACUGCUUUAUCUUGGCAUAGGAUGUGCAGUUCAAUAUAGUAAUCUAAGCUUCAUAUCAGAAUCCGGGGAUAGACCUGUGUGGAUUCAACUCAUCUUGUCUUGCAAAUAAUCCAAGUUUUUUUUCCCUCGUAGCUUUUACCUUCCGUACAUUACGGAAUAAUUAAAACUUUCACCCUUACCUAUCAAUUUACCUUAGGUAGGUAUUCGUGUGCUCAUUUGUGAAGCAUCCACGCUUGCGUCGCGUUUAACAAGUCAUGACGUAUUCCGGUCCCACGCCCCCCUGAUCCGAUAUCUAAUCCCAACGUCAUACACCAGCGACACCCAAAAGCUUCGCUAUGAGGUCUCGACGUGUGGGGUUGCAGAGCCCAAUCGGUAAUUCU